AUGGUUGAUAGACGUCCUGAAGCCACAGACAACUCGCGUGCGAAGCGGCAGAAGAAGGAAACCGCAGAAAUGGAUCCCCGCAGCAAUCCGUACCUCGCCCACAUGUACCCCGAACAGAAUGGGAACGGCAGCUCGAAUAAUAGUGCGUUUGCUGGCUUUAAAAGGCAUCAGACCACUGCUGCUCUUGCCCAGGUUGCGGAGGAUGCGGAAAUCAAUCCUUUCAAUGACAAGCCUUUCUCAUCGACGUAUUUUUCCAUCUUGAAGACUCGGCGAAAUUUGCCCGUCCAUGCGCAGAGAGACGAAUUUCUGCAACUCUAUCAACAGUCUCAAAUUCUAGUCUUUGUUGGUGAGACUGGUUCUGGAAAAACGACGCAGAUUCCGCAGUUCGUGCUUUUCGAUGAUCUUCCACAAACCCAGCGCAAGAUGGUCGCGUGUACCCAACCACGUCGAGUGGCUGCAAUGUCUGUCGCGCAGCGUGUCGCCGCGGAAAUGGAUGUGAAGUUGGGCGAAGAGGUCGGUUAUAGCAUUCGUUUCGAGGAUAUGACUAGCCCAAAGACUAUUCUUAAGUAUAUGACCGAUGGUAUGCUUCUCCGAGAAGCUAUGAACGAUCACGACCUCCAGCGCUACAGCACGAUUAUUCUGGACGAGGCGCACGAGCGUACAAUGUCUACCGAUAUCUUGAUGGGAUUGCUCAAAGAGGUAGUUCAACGACGACCGGAUUUGAAGAUCAUCAUCAUGUCUGCCACGCUGGAUGCCCAGAAAUUCCAACGGUAUUUCAACGAUGCCCCACUGCUUGCAGUCCCUGGAAGAACCCAUCCCGUGGAAAUCUUUUAUACCCCCGAGCCAGAGCAAGACUAUGUAGAGGCUGCCAUUCGUACAGUCCUGCAAAUCCACGCCACUGAACCCGACGGAGACAUUCUAGUGUUCUUGACGGGCGAAGAAGAAAUUGAAGAUGCAGUGAGGAAGAUAUCUCUCGAAGCGGACGAGAUGGUAAGGGAGGCGGAUGCGGGCCCAAUGAAGGUGUAUCCAUUGUAUGGCAGUCUGCCACCGCACAUGCAACAGCGCAUUUUCGAACCGGCCCCCAGCGCCCGGAGACCCGGUGGUCGGGCUGGUCGCAAAGUCAUAGUGUCUACCAAUAUUGCAGAAACGUCCCUUACAAUCGAUGGUAUAGUCUAUGUGGUGGACCCAGGUUUUUCCAAGCAGAAUGUCUACAACCCGCGUAUCCGAGUUGAGUCCUUGCUUGUAUCCCCAAUUUCCAAAGCAUCCGCGCAACAGAGAGCUGGUCGUGCUGGUCGUACUCGUCCUGGAAAAUGCUUCCGUCUGUAUACCGAGGCGGCAUUCAAGAAGGAGCUCAUUGAUCAGACGUACCCGGAAAUUCUCCGGUCGAACCUUUCCUCCACCGUCCUGGAGCUCAAGAAAUUAGGCAUCGACGACUUGGUGCAUUUCGAUUUAAUGGACCCGCCGGCCCCGGAGACCCUAAUGAGAGCCUUGGAAGAACUCAACUAUCUAGCUUGUCUUGACGAUGAAGGAGAUUUGACAGCUCUUGGACGUCUCGCAUCUGAAUUCCCUCUAGACCCGGCACUGGCGGUGAUGCUAGUCUCUUCGCCAGAGUUCUAUUGCUCGAAUGAAAUCCUGUCAAUAACCGCACUACUCUCGGUACCCCAAGUCUUCGUACGCCCUCACGCACAACGCAAGCGAGCAGACGAGAUGAAAGACCUUUUUGCGCAUCCCGACGGUGACCACCUCACACUACUAAACGUGUAUCACGCGUUCAAAGGCCCCGAGGCUCAAAGCGACCCCAAGCAAUGGUGUCACAACCACUUCCUCUCCCUCCGCGCCCUCCAAUCCGCAGACAACGUUCGUCUCCAGCUUCUACGCAUCAUGGAACGUGAAGAGGUCGAGCUCGUCUCGACUCCAUUUGAGGACAAGAAGUACUACGAGAACAUCCGGCGUGCCUUGGUAGCCGGAUUUUUCAUGCAAGUCGCCAAAAAGGAGAGCACCGGCAAGAGCAUGUACAACACCGUCAAGGACAACCAGCAUGUGCUCCUCCACCCAAGCACGGUGCUGAGCCAUGAUGCCGAAUGGGUGCUCUAUAACGAGUUUGUCCUCACUACGAAGAAUUAUAUCCGCACAAUCACGGCUGUGAAACCGGAGUGGCUUUUGGAAAUCUCGCCGAUUUACUACGACAUUACAUCUUUCCCCAAGGGCGAUAUCCGCUCGGCCCUUUUGCGAGCGAGCGAGAGACUGGCUCGCAAAGAAAAAAUGAGAAGCAGUAGGCGGUAG